AAUUUACCUAGCUCAUUGAUUAUGCCGCUGGUCUCAAAUCUUUCUAGACUGCUUUGCCUAGAGAGUGAGCUUCCUUUAGCUUAGCCAAGCUUGCGAGCUGCCAAGAGUCGGCCACAUGCUGAACUGCGUGAGAGGAAACGCAUUGCUCCACGUCAGCAUUCUCGUUUCAUCUUUAAUCUUAAUUAGUGUUUUGAGGUUAACACUGUAGCUGAUGGAGCAAGUCCAUUGUCCUCGUCUAGGCCGGAGCUUGAUGGCAUCCAAGAGCUUAACUCCCCAUGGGACGCCGAUUUCGGGCUCAAUUGCAGCGAAUCCCCUGCUUUCACAUUCCUUAUUUCUGGCGAAGCGCGGCGGCCUUGACCCUUGUCGUCGCUCACUAGCUCGUUCUGUGGUUAGAGGUUCACUAGGCCUUGCAGAGAAAGGAGCGUCGUCGAUGAAAUUAGGAGCGAGAGAGAGCUAUGCGGCUCGACCCUUGCCAUCUAAGCUCGUCGCAACAUCUGUCGUACCAGCUGGUUUAGGCUUUUCACUAUCGUUCGGUCGGGUAACCCGAAGAGCAGCAGCGUCAGCGGUUGUAGCCGCUGCACGGCAAACUGUCACCCGCACAGCCGCUACAGCUGUCACCUCUGCAGUCGCGUCAGAACGAAUAUCAGCCCCAUUUGCAGCAGCUUCACUCGCGCCAAGAGCGCCAAUUGCGCCGAGAGCGGUGAUCGGGGAAGUCCUGGGGGGGAUAUUCGGCGGAACGAGCCCCGCGGAGAAGACACGUCAGCAAUACGCGGAGCAGCUGGCGCGGGUGAACCGGCUGGAACCGAUCGCCUCGAGACUGUCGGACGCGCAGCUGAGAGGGACGACCAGAGACCUGCAGCAGCGAGUGCAGGCGGGAGAGAGCCUCGAUAGCGUGCUCCCGGAAGCUUUUGCUGUUGUUCGAGAAGCUUCCAAGCGAGUUCUCGGCCUCAGACCCUUUGACGUCCAGCUCAUAGGUGGCAUGGUGCUGCACGAUGGGCAGAUUGCUGAGAUGCGGACGGGGGAAGGGAAGACCCUGGUGGCAGUGCUGCCAGCCUAUCUCAACGCUCUCACAGGCAGGGGCGUGCAUGUGGUGACGGUCAACGACUACUUGGCGCGCAGGGAUGCCGAGUGGGUGGGACAAAUCCACAAGUACCUCGGCCUUUCGGUCGGCCUCAUUCAACAGGGCAUGACGGCACAGCAGAGGAGGGAGAGUUACGCGUGCGACGUUACAUACGUUACCAACAGCGAGCUUGGCUUCGACUACCUGAGAGACAAUCUCGCCACUUCUAAGGCGGACCUGGUCGUGCCCUCUUUCAACUUCUGCAUCAUAGACGAGGUCGAUUCCAUCCUCAUAGACGAGGCGCGCACGCCGCUCAUCAUCUCGGGGCCAGCAGAAAAGCCCAGCGAACGCUACCUGACUGCUGCCAAGAUAGCCCAGGCAUUCGAAAGAGACACACACUAUACGGUGGAUGAGAAGCAGAAGCUGGUACUCCUCACAGAGAUAGGCUAUGAAGAGGCAGAGCUGGUCCUCAAAGUGACUGACCUGUACGACCCUAGGGAGCAGUGGGCGUCCUUCAUCAUCAACGCGAUCAAAGCCAAGGAGCUUUUUAUAAGGGAUGUGCAGUACAUCGUGCGGGAUGGCGCAGUUCUUAUAGUGGACGAGUUUACAGGGAGGAUUAUGGAGGGGCGGCGGUGGAGCGAGGGGGUGCACCAAGCAGUGGAGGCGAAGGAAGGGGUGGUGAUUCAGAACGAGACCGUCAGCCUCGCUUCUAUAAGCUACCAGAACUUCUUUCUACAGUACCCCAAGCUGUGUGGCAUGACUGGCACAGCAGCCACAGAAGCAGACGAGUUUGAGAGUAUCUACAAGCUGGCUGUGGCGGAGGUUCCCACCAACCGGCCUCUGCAGCGAAAGGACGAGCAAGACUCAGUCUAUCGAACAUCCGUGGGCAAGUGGAAGGCAGUGGUGGCGGAUGUGAUGGGGCGCCAUGCGGAGGGGCGGCCGGUGCUGGUGGGAACAACGUCCGUGGAGAUCAGUGAGGCCCUGUCGGCCAAAUUAAAGCAGGCUAAUGUUCCUCACCAGGUGCUGAACGCCAAGCCAGAGAACGUGGAGAGGGAGGCGGAGAUAGUGGCACAGAGCGGGCGGGUGGGGGCGGUGACGAUCGCAACGAACAUGGCUGGGCGGGGAACUGACAUCCUUCUGGGCGGCAACGCUGAGUUCAUGGCUCGGUUGAAGCUCAGAGAAGCGCUCAUGCCCAGGGUGGUGAAGGCAGAUGAUACGGAGUACAUCUUUCAAGGCAAGACCAAGGUUGCUGUCAAACGAACCUGGACGGUGCCUGCCAAUCUCUUCCCCUGCCAGCUAUCAGCCGACUUCACUGAAGUCGUGGCAGAGGCCGUGGCGGCAGCAGUGGAGGCGUGGGGGGCCAAUUCACAGACAGCGCUGGAAGCAGAGGACAGGCUUGCGUUUGCCUGUGAGAAGGGCCCGACAUCCGACCCGGUUAUCAAGCAACUGCGGGCAGCAUUCGAGGCGGUGGAGGGGGAGUAUAAACGAUUCACAGAGGAGGAGAAGCAGAGGGUCAUUGCUGCUGGGGGGCUGCAUGUGAUCGGCACCGAGAGGCACGAGUCAAGACGGGUCGACAACCAGUUGCGCGGUCGCAGCGGCAGGCAGGGCGAUCCCGGCAGCUCUCGAUUCUUCCUGAGUCUCGAAGACAACCUGCUUAGAGUGUUUGGAGGGGAGCGGAUUGAUGGUCUCAUGCGCGCUUUCCACGUGGAGGAUCUGCCGAUUGAGUCGCCGUUUCUGAACCGGGCGCUGGAGGACGCUCAGAGGAAGGUGGAGAACUAUUACUUCGACAUCCGCAAGCAGCUGUUCGAGUACGACCAGGUGCUCAACAGCCAGCGAGACCGCUUCUACUCGGAGCGAAGGAGAGCGCUGGAGACAGAGGACAUGGAGGGGCUGAUGCUGGAGUAUGCUGAGCUGACCAUGGACGACAUAGUGAAUGCCAACAUCGACCCGUCAGAGUCGCAGGAGGAGUGGAACUUCGAGGCUCUCACAAAAAAGGUCAAGCAGUACUGCGCACUUCUCACUGACCUAUCAAUAGAGGACAUUAUCUAUCACAGCGAUACUGUCGACUCGCUAAGGGGGUAUCUACACCAACGCAGCAGAGACGCCUACUACAGAAAGAGAGCAGAGGUAGAAGCGGCAGUGCCAGGGUUAAUGAGGGAUGCAGAGCGGUACUUUGUGCUCACUCAGAUGGAUCUGCUCUGGAAGGAGCAUCUGCAGGCACUCAGAUUCACUCAGCAGGCCGUGGCUCUAAGGGGCUACGCUCAGCGCGACCCUCUUAUCGAGUACAAGCUAGAAGGGUACAACCUGUUUCUCGCCAUGAUGGGGCAGAUCCGAAGAAACGUCAUUUAUUCAGUGUACCAGUUUAAUCCUGUCCUCGUGAGUCAACCGGAUGCCGCACAAGGAUUGGGGAAUGGUGAAGACAAGCUCUGAAGGCAAGGCACUGCCACAAACGUUUCCGGGUGUUUAGGGUGCUGGUUCCUAAAUCUUAAACCCAAACCCUGAGUCCUGCCAAAGGACCCCUUUCUGGCUCUUACAUAAGAGCGAGUCUUAGCUCGCUUCCAAGGAACUUUAGAUCAAAUCAGCUGGAAGCAAACUUUUGGGCAGGAUUACUGCACCAAGCCAAAUCUGUCUUUUUUACAAAAUGCCAGCGAGCAUAGCCUAUAGCUCCUAGGAGGUGGUGAAUCCCCCCCCACUGGUCACCUCCCUUAUUCAGACACACUACAGGACAACCAAAACCAGACAUUUUCGUACAAGCUUAAAGAAACCCGCAGUCGUCUUCCGAGUCGUCAAAGAGAGAGUCAACAAAGUCAGCGUCUUCAAAGUGAGCAGCAUUAGAGUGAGAGUUACCAGAGGGGGCACCCGGGGAGGCCUCGUCGGCGCGUUUUGGCGCGGAGCGAGCACGGUUGCAGCACAGGGGGCUGAGGACCCAGGCGAGAAACACGAGAAACAGAGCGAUUCCGACUAUUAUCAUGGUGCGUGGCCAGCAGGCGACGUUGCCUGCAAGGGAAAUGAACGACGCGGGAGCAGAGGAGAAUCAGGAAGGAUCAGCGUGAGAAGGCUUAGGCCGACCCAAGGUGGUAUGCGGUUAAAAGGGGAAAAUAGGCGUUGCAUUGCGUUGCUAGGGGGUUUUCUGACGUUGCACAACCCUCUCAACGUUACCAUCACAAUUUCCCCCCUCUGUAUUUGAACUCAACAUCACGGGUCCGUGUGACAGCUAGUGGGAGUCAAGUGACCAUUUCAUUACUAG